GGGUUGGAGGGAGAACUGGGGGAGAACUGGGGGAGGCAGCAGCAGAGGGCGCAGGCUGCUGGGUUCGGCUUGUCGUCUCUCUCUGGCACCCGGGUCCGAUCCGCUCAGCUCCUCGCCCCGCUCCCUUCCUGGCCCAGGCGAGAUCUUCUUUGAGGCUGUCGGCGUGCUUGGUGCUUUUCUACCACGGUCCAACCAAGCUGUCCUCAGGAGGCUGCCUGUUCCCAGGCUGCUGAAGUUUGUUUCCCGCAGAAGGGGAAAAAGGGUCAGCCCCUGCCCUCCUCCCCCACCUCCCCCAAUAUCAGAGAUUGCUCUCCUCCUUGGGGCUGGAACCAAGAGAUGGGAGUGGGUUUACCAAGCCUGCCCUCUGUUUCCUGUCCUCCCCCCUAAGUCUGAGGUAAGCCCUUUCCCCCCCACCUCACCUACAUACCCAGCCUGUUCUGUCCCACUUCUGGGUUCACUUGGAGGCCCAACAAGAAGGAUAAACAGGUGGGGACAGGACGAUGCUCUUAGCAUCAGUGCUGGGGAGUGGCCACCGUGGGGGCUCCCCACUCUGGCCACUCGCAUCCCUGGCUCUCCGAUUCUGGUCUACUUCGGCCACUGACACCCAUCACAUGGAACUGGCCAGAGAGCGAUCCAAGACCGUCACCUCUUUCUACAACCAGUCAGCCAUUGAUGCGGCAGCUGAGAAGCCUUCUGUCCGUCUCACUCCAACCAUGAUGUUGUACUCAGGCCGUUCCCAGGAUGGCAGCCAUCUGCUGAAAAGUGCCCGUUACCUACAUCAGGAGCUCCCUGUUCGUAUAGCUCACCGGAUCAAGGGCUUCCGAAGUCUACCUUUCAUCAUUGGCUGCAAUCCUACCAUCCUACAUGUGCAUGAACUCUAUAUCCGAGCCUUCCAGAAACUGAGCGAAUUUGCCCUGAUAAAGGACCAGGCAUCUGAGGCCCAGUAUUGCCAGUUGGUCCGACAGCUCCUGGAUGAUCACAAAGAUGUGGUAACUCUUCUAGCUGAGGGACUUCGAGAGUGCCGGAAGCAUAUCCAGGAUGAGAAGCUGGUCCGAUAUUUCUUGGAUAAGACACUGACAUCACGGCUGGGGAUCCGUAUGUUGGCCACCCAUCACUUGGCCCUGCAUGAGGAUAAGCCCGACUUUGUGGGGAUCAUCUGUACUCGACUCUCCCCAAAGAAGAUCAUUGAAAAGUGGGUGGAUUUUGCCAGGAGGCUGUGUGAACACAAGUAUGGGAAUGCCCCUCGAGUUCGAAUCAAUGGCCAUGUGGCUGCCCGGUUCCCCUUCAUCCCGAUGCCCCUGGACUACAUUCUUCCUGAACUGCUGAAGAAUGCCAUGAGGGCCACAAUGGAAAGCCAUCUAGACACUCCAUACAAUGUCCCAGAUAUUGUCAUCACUAUUGCCAAUAAUGAUAUCGACCUCAUAAUCAGAAUUUCAGAUCGGGGUGGGGGCAUCGCUCACCACCACCUGGACAAAGUGAUGGACUACCACUUCACCACGGCUGAGGCCAGCACUCAGGACCCCCGAAUCAGUCCACUUUUUGGUCACCUGGAUACAAACAGCAAUGGCCAGUCAGGACCUAUGCAUGGGUUUGGUUUUGGUCUGCCUACAUCCCGGGCAUAUGCAGAAUACCUAGGUGGUUCCCUUCGGCUCCAGUCCUUGCAAGGAAUUGGCACAGACGUCUACCUACGACUUCGGCACAUUGAUGGCAAAGAAGAGAGCUUUCGGAUCUGACCCAUUAGCCUGGCUUUGCCUGGGCCCUCCCUCUGGGACUUGCCAGGGGAAACCCCAUGCCUCUUUCCCUCUCUCAACAUAAUACUGUCCUUCUCCACCACCCACCCCACCCCUUCCUUCCAGUUCUUGAAGCUUGGUCUGAAGUAUUGUGAGCCAGGAGCUCCCCACAACCUUUGCUAAUGGCUCUGCUUCAGAUCUCUGAACCUUUUUCUCUUGCUGUUGCACCUUGGUUUCUGGGCAAUCAGGACUUAGACUCCCAGCUCCCCCAAGCCCACUAGACCAGGGUUGGUAACUCAAUUUCCACCCACCAGUUACUGCAGUCCUUCCUUUCAUAUCCUUCCUCCUUUUUCCUAUCUUCUCUGCCUCUGGCUUUUUGGCCCAGAGCUGGGGAUGAUUGGGGGGUGCAUUUGGGGGCCCCAGAGGCCUCUUUCAUCGUACAUGUUUUUGGGAAAGUGGGUUUGGGGGUCCGUGAACCCCCUUUCCCUCCCCCUCUACUGCUGUGUUUGUAAUAUUAAAGUGCACAUUUUGAAAGCCCCUCCCCCAGGGCACGGUGUAUGUGUCCUGGCUGGCUGGGGGACAGCCAGA